CUUGGACAAGAGUCGCGUCUUACCCGUGCAAUGAAGGCUUAUCAUUUGGAGAAAGCCAAGGAUCCGUCCGAUCUUCCAGCAUGGUUGUUCGACGAGCACGAGCGACGCGCGGCCGGAGGGCGACCAAGCACCACACGUCGAUCUGAUCGAGGUGAUGAGUAUAACCAGGCCGAGGCCUCUCCCCCAGCUCAGCGAAGUCGCGGCCUCAGGGAUAUAUAUGACUCAGUCGCGGCAUCCUCGAAUCCUUCCGCAAGAUCAGAUACGAGAGGGCUCCCAUCUAGGUAUCCGCAUGCUGUGAAUGAAAGCGGUUCUAGCACCUCUAGAGCUGGUGAUCGUCUCAAGGCUCUCAGAGAUGCAAAGCGAAUCGCCGCACAGAGGAACACAUCAACUACUGCCAGCCGUGACGACGGUGCUGAUCCGACCAUGUAUCGUGGAAGGGAGAAUCGCGAUGGCCCCACCCACAUGGAGCGUGGACGUGAUACCGAUGAGCGCAGCCAGGCGACGAGCGCAAGGCGACCACCGCCUAGGAUGGGACUACCUGUUAGACCAGGACGCGGCGCACAGAGAUUUUGAAUAGGUGUUCGCAUAUAUAUUCACGUUUUGAUAUGUCAUGGGCCUUCCCUAUAUUUGUCGAUGUAUCGUGUCUUGGAUGUAACCUCACGACCUUCUUUUCUCCCCUCCUCCAGGCUAUAGGCUGUACUGGUACAUCUUUUCCCGCGUGUUGAGUAGUACAAAUUGAUGUCCGAACAUUGAUCAUUUCGGGCUUAUGCGUCCCUGCAGAGGG